GUGACAGGAGCGGGCUGAACGCCGGGCUCUACCUUGACAGCCACAGGGGACACGGGGAGUAUGGAGCCCGUGCGGGAAGGAGGGAAAACCAACCCACUGGAGACCGCCAACUUCUGCUCUAAAGUGUUUUUCUGUUGGCUUAAUUCCUUAUUUCUUAUUGGUCACAAACGAAAGCUUGAAGAAGAUGACAUGUAUAAAGUGAUGCCUGAAGAUGCUUCAGAGAGACUUGGAGAAGAACUUCAAUGUUACUGGAAUGAAGAAUUACAAAAAGCUCAGAGAGAAUCACGUGCACCACAUCUAACCAAAGCCAUCAUUCGCUGCUACUGGAAAGCCUAUUCAAUUUUGGGAUUUUUUACAUUUAUUGAGGAAAGCGUUAAAGUGAUCCAGCCAAUAUUCCUGGGAAAUGUUGUGAGUUACUUUGAGAGCAAUGAUCCUAGUGAAGCCGACCUGGCUGAUGCCUAUAUCAAUGCUGCUGCUUUGUCUGUUUGCACCCUUCUUUUUGCUGUCUUACAUCAUCUCUACUUCUAUCAUGUUCUCCGAGCUGGUAUGAAGCUUCGAGUAGCAAUGUGUCAUAUGAUUUAUAAGAAGGCACUUCGUCUUAGUAAUACUGCUUUGGGACAAACAACCACAGGACAAAUCGUAAAUCUCCUAUCAAAUGACGUUAAUAAGUUUGACCAGGUUACAAUUUUUUUGCACUUUUUAUGGGCUGGACCGCUGCAAGCCGUAGCUGUCACUGUACUCCUCUGGAUUGAAAUUGGCCCUUCAUGCCUUGCUGGAAUGGCUGUGUUGAUCAUUCUGAUGCCUUUGCAAACAUGUCUUGGAAAAUUCUUUACUUCUUUUAGGGGUAAAACUGCAUCUUUCACAGACACCAGGAUUCGGACAAUGAAUGAAGUAAUAUCUGGAAUGAGGAUUAUUAAGAUGUAUGCUUGGGAGCAGCCAUUUACAGAUCUGGUCAAUGACAUAAGGAAGAAGGAGAUUUCCAAGGUUCUUCAAAGCUCAUACCUCCGCGGAAUCAACUUGGCAUCUUUCUUUGUUGCAAGCAAAAUCAUCGUGUUUGUGACUUUCACCACGUAUGUGCUGCUUGGCAAUGUUAUCUCUGCAAGUCGAGUGUUUGUUGCAGUAUCGCUUUAUAGUUCAGUGCGACUCACUGUGACUCUCUUCUUCCCCUCAGCUAUUGAGAGGGUUUCUGAGGCUAAAGUCAGCAUUAGGAGAAUUAAGAACUUUUUAUUGCUUGAUGAAAUUACCAAACCAGCACUGGAACAUGUGGAGCAAAAUGAUGAUAACCUCUUGGUACAAAUUCAAGAUUUGACAUGUUACUGGGACAAGACUUUGGAAAUGCCAACUCUUCAGAAUAUAUCCUGCAGUGUUCGACCUGGUGAAUUGCUGGCUGUGAUCGGACCUGUUGGAGCAGGCAAAUCAUCCCUUCUAAGUGCAGUACUUGGCGAGCUGCCUAAAGAUAAAGGGUUUGUGGAUGUCAGAGGUAAAAUUGGAUACGUGUCCCAACAGCCAUGGGUAUUUUCAGGCACUGUCAGAAGUAACAUAUUAUUUGGGAAAGAAUAUGUUCAAGAAAAGUAUGAAAAAGUCCUCAGAGUUUGUGCUCUUAAAAAGGACAUGCUGCAGUUAGACGAUGGAGACUUGACUGUAAUAGGAGAUCGAGGUGUUACACUGAGUGGUGGGCAGAAAGCUCGUGUAAAUUUAGCUAGAGCUGUUUACCAAGACGCAGACAUUUAUCUUCUGGAUGAUCCUCUAAGUGCUGUUGAUGCCGAAGUCGGAAGGCACCUGUUUGAAAAGUGCAUCUGCCAGGCACUUCGUAAAAAACUUUGCAUUUUGGUCACCCAUCAGCUCCAGUAUCUCAGUGCAGCCAAGCAUAUUCUGAUUCUGAAAGAGGGCCAAAUGGUUGGAAAGGGAACCUUUACUGAAUUACUGCACUCUGGGGUCGAUUUUGCUUCUCUUCUGAAAAGUGGAGAUGAUGAGCAGUCUCCAACUGAUGGCCAGAUGAUCAAGUCUUCUCGGAUCCGCACCUUUUCUCAGUCAUCUGUCUGGUCUCAGGAGUCUUCAGUGCAGUCACAAAAAGAAGGCACGUCAGACACUCUACCAACAGAACCAGUCCUAACUGCCCUCCCAGAGGAGAGUCGCUCAGAGGGGACUGUUGGUUUCAAGGUGUACAAGAAAUACUUUCUGGCAGGGUCAAGUUACCUGCUGAUUUUUGUGAUGUUCCUGCUUAAUAUUUUAUCCCAGGUUGCAUAUGUUUUACAAGACUGGUGGCUUUCCUACUGGGCAAGCGAACAGGAGAAGCUGAAUGUUUCCUCAACUGCAAAUGUAACUGAAACCGAAAAGCUGGACCUGAACCUGUAUUUGGGAGUUUAUGCAGGUUUGACGGCUGUCACCAUCGUGUUUGGCGUCCUGCGGAGUUUGCAGGUUUUCCAUGUUCUUGUAUGUGCUGCUCAGGCCUUGCACAACCAGAUGUUUCAGGCACUGCUAAAAGCACCAGUCCUCUUUUUUGACAGAAAUCCAAUUGGGAGAAUUUUAAACCGUUUCUCCAAAGAUAUUGGACAUUUGGAUGACUUGCUUCCUUUUACAUUUUUGGAUUUUAUGCAGGUGCUGCUCCAGAUUUUAGGGGUGAUUGCUGUUGCAAUUGCAGUCAUUCCUUGGAUUUUAAUUCCACUUCUUCCACUGGUUAUCAUUUUUUUUUUCCUGCGGCGAUAUUUCCUGGAAACAUCGAGAGAUAUUAAACGUCUUGAGUCAACAACUCGUAGUCCUGUAUUUUCCCAUUUAUCAUCUUCCCUUCAGGGACUGUGGACUAUUCGCGCCUUCAAGGCAGAGGAACGCUUCCAAGAAUUAUUUGAUUCCCAACAAGAUCUGCAUUCUGAGGCCUGGUUUUUGUUUCUGACGACAUCCCGUUGGCUUGCAGUGCGUCUGGAUGCGAUCUGUGCCCUUUUUGUUAUAGCCAUAGCAUUUGGGUCUCUAAUUCUUGCUAAAACCCUUAAUGCUGGACAAGUUGGUUUGGCAUUGUCCUAUGCUGUUACCAUCAUGGGUUCAUUCCAAUGGGGAGUCAGACAAAGUGCUGAAGUUGAAAAUCUGAUGAUCUCUGUUGAAAGGGUCAUGGAAUAUACUCAACUUGAGAAGGAAGCGGAGUGGGAGUCUAAGAAACGCCCACCACCAGACUGGCCCAAUAAAGGCAUGAUUGCAUUUGAAAAUGUCAAUUUUGCAUACAGUUUGGACGGACCAUUGGUUUUAAGACACUUAACGGCAUUAAUAAGACCGAAAGAAAAGGUGGGAAUAGUAGGACGAACUGGAGCAGGGAAGAGUUCUUUAAUAGCUGCUCUUUUCCGUCUGGCUGAACCGGAAGGAAAAAUUUGGAUUGAUAAACUUUUGACAUCUGAACUUGGUCUGCAUGAUCUUCGAAAGAAAAUGUCCAUCAUACCACAGGAGCCAGUUCUAUUCACUGGGACAAUGAGGAAGAACCUUGAUCCUUUCGACGAGCAUACAGAUGAGGAACUAUGGGAUGUUCUAAAAGAGGUGCAGCUUAAAGAUGCGAUUGAAGAAUUGCCUGGUAAAAUUGAGACGCAGUUAGCUGAAUCUGGGUCGAAUUUCAGUGUUGGUCAAAGACAGCUGGUUUGCCUUGCACGGGCAAUUUUAAGACGAAAUCGAAUAUUAAUUAUUGAUGAAGCAACAGCAAAUGUGGAUCCAAGAACAGAUGAACUGAUUCAGAAAACAAUUCGUGAAAAGUUUGAAGACUGCACUGUACUGACAAUUGCACACAGGCUGAACACAAUUAUUGACAAUGAUAAAAUAAUGGUGUUGGAUUCAGGAAGAGUGAAAGAGUAUGACGAGCCAUACAUUCUGCUAGAGAAUAAGGAGAGCCUCUUCUAUAGAAUGGUGCAGCAGGUGGGGAAAGCAGAAGCUGCUGCACUAACUCAAGUUGCCAAAGAGAUUUAUUUGAAUAAAAACCAGCAAAGAAGCCCACAGAAAAGCUCAAAAGACAAUGAACCAUUUAUUAUCUUUGAAACUGCUCUGUGAUUACAUUUGUAUUGCUUACAGGAAAACCAUUCACUUGUACUAGGUACCAUUGUGCCUUUUGCCACGAGACUUGCUUGGAACACUUGUUUAAGUUUAAUGUUUUUUUUGUUUUGUUUUUUAAAAUUCCAGCGUUCUCGUAGUCUUCUUUUCGUGACAUAACUGUAUUAGCAAAGCACUGCAAUGUUUUGCACACAUUGUAUUAUUUUACAUUGUGAUGGAUAACAUUGCAGCCAUAUUCAACUCCGUCAGGAAUAUGGACAUGUUUUUUUCGUGGUGAUCAUCAACUGCCUUAAUGAACAGAACAGCCGCACCAUAUUUUACAUUUUGCAAGCGUUUUUAUCCGCCCAUGACUGUUGGUGGUAUAGAUCACUUUUAUUUCACGUUUUUGCUUAACCUAUGCUACCUGGGGCUAUUUGUCAUUUAAUGUGACCCAUGUCAACUUUGCCUGCUCCACCAAUUACAACCAGGAAUUCUUUGGGCAUUAUCAAUAAUAUAAAAUGAGUCUCAUAAGGAAUCACUCCUAUAUAAAAAUAUAUAUAUAUAAUGCACUCCUCUACAAAGUGGUUUGACAAAUUUACACUGUGUAUACCCUUAUUUGUGUGUCUGUAAAAUGGCUAUAUUUUGCUAUUGCCAUGUUUGGGACCCUGCCGCAAAAAGAGAGCUGCCACCAUGAUCACCAUGAUCAAUAAUUAUCUAAAAUGGACAUUCUGCGCUCAUUCAGGCACUAACUUAAAGGAAAACUGUCAUACUUGUUCGCUAUUAUUUUUUCUUUUUUUUAAAGAUCACUUGUAUGGUAGCAUUUGUGUGUAUUAGUUUGUAAUGUAUACAUUUAAGUAAACCAUUAUU